UCUGAAUUAUUAUCAAAAUAAGAAAGAGCUCGGCUUAUUUCUCCGACGGUUCCAUAAUAUAUACUUUCUUGAACAAAAGAAAAAAAAACAUCAAUAACUUUCUUUUGUGGUGUUCUCAAGAGUUCUUGUGAAUGUCUGGAACGAAUCCAUCGACGUCGUCGGAGCUAGAAGGGACUGAUACAGUUCCUUUUAGCCGGAGAUUGGUAAGGGCUCAAAGAGGUCAAAGAGUUUUCGCUCCGAAGCUACAGGAGGCUCUUCGUCGAUCAAGAAGAAGUUCAGAGGGCCCAGCAAGCCAUAUUAGUCAGAGAUGGACAGGCAUGGCUGCGCAGAAGGUUUAUUCCCUGAAGCUUUACGACGCUCUCCAGCGAACGCCGCGGAGCACAACGGUUCGAGACACGGCCGACAAAGUGCUAGCGGCUACGGCUCGUGGUACAACUCGGUGGAGUCGAGCCAUUUUGGUGAGUCGACUUGGGAGGAGUCAGCGGCGACACAAGAAUACUAAGCCGGCGUCGGCGGUCCAAAGAGGUGGAGGGAUGAGGAGAAGGAAGUUGUCGGUUGCUGGAAAUCGGGUCAGAGUUUUGGGUGGUUUAGUGCCAGGUUGCGGGAGAACGGCGUUGCCGGAGCUUUUGGACGAGACGGCAGAUUACAUAGCGGCGCUGGAAAUGCAAGUCCGAGCCAUGACAGCUCUAUCAAAAAUUCUGUCUGAUAAUCUCAGCUCUGCCUAAUAGCCGAGUGCAUGAGCCAAUGGUGUGCAAUAGUAUUUGUUUGAUUAAUUUUUUUUUACAAAAUUAUUAUAUCCCAAUGUGUCAUUGUUUUUAAUCUAUUUGCCAUUUAAACCAAAGUCAAAAUUAAUUACCAAUUGGACGAAACAUUGCGUAUUUUGUAGUUGUUAUAAGUGUUUUGCUGUUAUUUCAUAA